AAACAAUGUCGGUUAUACCUGUUGAUUAUUCUUUUGAAAGUUGGUUGAUAACAAAGUGAUGGUGUUUGAGAUGAGGUGUUAAAUGUACAACCGUUAAACUAAAACGUUAACGAAUUGCUUUUUGAAGAACCAAAGCCAAUAUAUUGUUGUGUGUAUUUAGCCAUUCAUAAAUGGCUAGGCCUUGUUAUGAGUCAGUUAUCUGUGUUGGUUAAAAAGUUAGGUCACAGUUUAGAAGAAAUACGGGCUCGGGCACUGUACAAUAUAGUGUCAAAGUUAGAUUACAAGCUAAUCACAGAAGAUGAGCUUGUUGAUAAAGAUUGUAUUUUUCAAAACUUAGUCAAAUGGUUUCAGUUUAAAAACGCACCAGCCAAAGAAGAUGUUUUAAAGUUAAUCAUAAGGUUACUGAAGCAUGGAGGGGAUGAUGCAGUGGCUCUCCUGCUCAGAGCCGAUCCUGGGUUAGCUCAGCUGCGGGAGGUGACAGACUGUGAUGUUCUGGUGCAAGACAUUGUCAACCUGACAUCAGCUCAGGUGAAUUCAGCGCGAUACGCCAGAAGCAAUGGUGCAUUGGACUCUGCCAGGACCUCUAAGCCGACAUCGGCACAACAAAACUUGGAGCGUCAUGCCAGGAGCAGUGGUAUGCCAGAUUCCGCCAGAACCUCUAAGGCAACAUCGGCACAACUAAACUUAAAGUGCCAUGGCAGGAGCAGUGGUAUGCCAGACUCUGCCAGAACAACUAAGGCGACAUCAGCACAACGAAACUUGGAGCGUCAUGCCAGGAGCAGCUGUAUGCCAGACUCCGCCAGGUCCACCAAGGCGACAUCUACUCAACUAAACUUAGAGUCUCAUGCCAGGAGCAGUGGUAUGCCAGACUCUGCCAGGUCCACCAACAUUCCCUCAGUUAGGAGCUCAAAGACGGCUGACUCAAGCAAUGAACCAAAAUCUGCAAGACUGAGAAUGGAACAAUUUGUUCAGAAAUACAAGGAGUUGCCUCUCUAUAAUCCCAAUGAAGCUUCUUCGUUGGGUUUCCCCACAAAUAAGAUUGACCCAACACCAACACAACCUGAAGAAGAAAGCUCAAGUGGAGUGUUGUGGUCGCUGCCGUCUAUUUCCUUGGUGGCGUCAGAUCUCAACGUGAUCUCUGCAGUGGAGGAUUCUCUUAAACUCCUGGCCUCUGUGACACAUACCUGCCACUUCUUCUCCUCUGUCAUAAUCCGGGACUUCCCUCCAGAAGUGUUUCUUCAGCACCCAGGAGUCAUCAGGCAAUUGUUGAGGCUGACGAAGAAGUCAGCUCCUGUGAAUGUAGCAGCAGUGGAAUGUCUGGCAGUGUACACUCGUCGACUUCUCAAACAGCUGGUCUUCAGUUCUCAGCUGGAGUUCACCUCUCUGAAAUUCCAGAGCGAUGCACAAGGUAGCGAAGACUUUACUGAUAGUUCCGCUCGGAGUUCAAAGCGUCCAGUUGAAACCUCGCAAGAAGUAAUGCAGAAAUAUCUGGAAGAAGGCUACCUGUCUAGUGGCAGUGAUCAUCAGACAUGUGCUCCCAACAAAACUCAGGAUAUUUUUACUAUCCCUCAAUACUGUCUGGAAACGCUUGUGGCUGCAGUAGAGUUGGUGGGCAGAAUACCUCAAGCCUCAUCUCUAGUGCUGCAGGCUCUCUCUCUACUGCAGGCUUCUGUCCCAGACCCUCGCAGCCUCUGGCAUCAUCUCCAUCUACAACUACACCAUCUGCUGCGUGCUCUCCUAGCUGCCAUCACCCAGCAGAUCAAGCUGAGCGUCUCACAGGAGGCAGUGGUGGAGUUGCACGUGACCGUGUGUUGGCUGCGCGUGUUGGACACCCUGGUCCCACCACAGCUGGCACCGUCAGUGCUGCCAACAGAGCUGCAGGACCUUGUCUGUGAAGCUCUUCUCAACCCUGUCCUGGCCGUCAAUUAUAACAAGCUUCACACCAUGUGCGUCGCCUACGCUACAGUGCUACAACGGAAGGGGACCGAAGUGUACGAGGAAGUGUCAGUUGUCAUGGACGCCAUGCGAGCCUCCAUGAGGUUCUCCCGUGAAGCUCCCAAUAUGGCUCCUCUACAGGCUCUGGAGUCUUUCCGUGAUGCCAUACCCGCCUUACCAUACCACCAGGAUCUUUCCAUCAUCAAAGAGUUUACGCAGUACUUAAUGGAAAGACGAGAUCUUUGUGAGGAGGAGAUAGAUUUUGCUGCUCAGCUGACUCGCAGUCUUCUCGCUCACUCGGAGAAAGCGAUAUCCGUUGAAACGUACCGUGUCCUCCACGACAUCGUGGCCUUGAUGUUGGGUCCUCGCCAAGUUCUUUCUAAUGUGGACCCUUGUCCUCGGCUGGGCUUCCUCAUCAACACCCCAGUCCUAGUGGAGAUCACGUGCCACGGUGUCACCAAUGCAGAUAACCAGGUUAGGCAGAAUGCAGAGGACAUAUUGCUGCUGCUGCUGAAAUGUCAGAUGCUUGUAGCGGACGACUCGUGGCAGAGGCUGGUGGAACAGCUGACCCCAGUUUUGCCACUACUGCAAUGUCAUGCCAGCAAGGGUUCUCCCCUCGGCCGGGCAGCCCUGCACAUGUUGGAUCCUGACAUGGCUUCUUCCAUCGGACUCUCUCACUUACAGGUGCUGUUGGGCAAUGCCAGGCUGCUGCUACACAAGGAGCCCCUGUGCAGAGAAGAGGCAGCCACAAGGCUGCUGUGGCUAGCCAAGCUUCACCACCUGCCUCACAAGCGUCUUGCAGACGUGUGCGUACUGGACGUGGCUAUCACUGGUCACACCCCAGUCACAGGAAUGUACGAGGUGGGCAGUGUGGUGCGCGUUCUAGAGGUUUUGUCGGCACCCUGUGUCGAGGCUAGAGUCAAACAGUCGGCCCUCACACAGCUCAGCGUCAUGACAGAAGACUCGAGGCUACACCAGGUCUUCAUCGAAGAACAAGGAGUCGAACUCUUCAUCAGCAUUCUGAAGAAUGUCAUGGAAGACAUGAACGAGGAUGCCAGCGGUUAUGUUAUCCCAGUCAUUGCCACCUUGAAACACUUGGCUCGUCACAACUCCACCAUUCGCCAGAGUCUCAGUCACGACAGCCAGUUUGUAAUGUGCCUCCUGAAAAGUCUGUUCCAGGUAUCAGAGUGGAGGCUACAGAGAGACGCCACACAGCUGCUGACUCUACUGCUGUACUGUGACUAUGUCCUGAGCUCUGCCGUUGCUGUAUCUCUGCCUCAGAUGGUGGUACAGUCGCUCUGUCUACCAUUUUCCUGCCAGACCCACUGGACUGUCAGUCCUCACACCACUUCUACCCAGAGAGGAGUUGUGCUGGGCUACAAGAGUGCAGAGAGACUGCUGGCUGUGCAGUGGGAGGUGCUCAAGCGAGGUUUGGACAGUGUGCUGAGACUCACCGACAUCCCCCCACCACAAGGCCCGCUACCCCUGACCCUUCGUACAGUCCGACAGGUGCAGCACACCCAUGUGGAACACAACUGUCGUAUGCUGCUGUAUGCCUUCCAGAACGCUACAUCCCACGAGGUGGCCUCUCGUACACUCAAGGCUCUAGUGUGCUACCUUGAACUGAGCUGGUUGGUUGAACCAGAGCUACUCUCAGGUCUGCCGUGGAAGGAGACAUUCAGAAAGUUUCUUCUGAGACCACCUUCUGGACAAGACGAUUUUGCUCUGCUGCUCCUGGUUUUCCAGUUUCUUCUAUUCUUAUUAGACGUCUGUCCAGGACAAAAUGUGUGGAUUACGGAUGCUCUGCAAACAAAGCCGUACACUGUGCUACAGCUCAUUGUUACCGCAGAUUCUUCCCACGUCAACGAUGAUCAGGAAAUGUGGAAGAAUGUAAGUCUUUACCUGCUAGAACUGUGCAAGAUGUGCGGUAAGCAAGGGUCUACAAGUGGAUGGCAGAUUGUGGUCCAGUUGAUCCUUCAGUGUGUAGAAGCUCCUCACAGCUCUUCAAAUCAGAAUUUCUUCAAUCUGGUUUCCCUGAACAGUAAGCUGGAGUGUCUGCUGGCCACAGUGACUGGACAGACUGCGGACUGCGGACCUCUGUGGAGACUCUUGGCGGCCUUCCACUGUCACUCGGCGCAGACCUUCAUGGGGCUGAGUGUCGCCAGGCUGACCGUGCUCUGUCUCAACAAACUGCUGUCGCUCGCUCAGGAUUGGGAACAUCGGUGGUUAAGUGAACCUCACCUCUGUUACCUCCCCACCCUGUGUGCCAGCAGAGACAUUGUAGUACGAGCCUCAGCUCUACAGUUGCUGGCCGGACUGUCUCGCAGUGUCAGAGGAGCAGGGACUGUCCUCCAGCUGUCCCCGGGACUCUUCGAGUGUAUUCUCAGGGUAGUUGUGGAUCACAGUGAAGCCAGUCUUGUGAGAGAGCAUGCAGCGCUCCUGCUGGCCAACAUUGUCAAGAACUCUUCUUCCAAGGAGUUGGCGGUGUCUGCAAAGAAGAUAAACUUGUACCAGGAAUUCCGGGACUCUAUCACUCUGGUCUCAUUGACAAGCCCGUCCACACAUACAGAAGCCAGCUCCGGGAUGUUGUACACUCAUCCGAGAUUUAUCAGGGCUGGCUGUUGGCUGGUCAACAACCUGAUGGCCUCUGCCCCAGACAACACGCUUCAGCUGGUAGUGUCGAGUGGCCUUGCCGAUGCUAUGUGUAGGAUAUUGGUGGACAUUGAGAAGCUGGAAAACUACGACCUUGUUACCAUGUUCGGGGCCGUGUGCAAGCUGUUGUCUCAUUGUGUCAGUGGCUGUGAGCCUGCUCAGCUCCAGGACAUACUUCCUUCACUCCUGUGUCUCCUGGACCCAGCAUACGUCGUGCAAGACAGUGAUCAGGCGGACAGAGGAGUGAAGGUAUUGUGGCGGCAGGUCCUGAGGUUGCUGAGUGUAGCACUGCCCUGUGCUGAAGCCCAGCUAGUGCUGACCCAGCCUGCAGUCAAUACACUCUGCCAGUGCAUCAGCGGGGAGGUUUGUGCAACUCUCAAGACCAGUGCUCUCCAGGCCGUUCCGUCCUUGGCCAAACACCUCACCCCAAGGGCGGAGGUAGAAGUUUGUGAAGCAUUGGUGACCCAGUGGCAGUGUCGAGGGGCGGGGGGAGGGUCUCCUGUGUUGCCCGCCCUCACCGCCCUGCUGGGUCACUCACCCCCCGCCACACAGACAGCUCUACAAUGCGGUCUCCUGGACUCUGUGGUCUCUGCACUACGGCAGGUCCACCUCUCCCUGCUGGUACAGACCUCCUGCACAGAUAAGCUCAAAAAGAACAACCCACUCGUAAAUGAGAUGUCCUCGUACCUGAACCUGCUGACCAGUUUUCUGUACGGCAGUGACGCCGUGAGACUAGCAGCAGCACGGCUAGGACUGGCUGACCUUGUACACAAGGUGUGGCUGUGGUGUCAGGUGGACCCACAGUAUCUACUGAUGGCUGUGGACUUGCUCAUCACCUUCACUGCCAACUGCCCUGAAGCCGCCCAGACGUUGGUGUUGACCAGUACACUGUCGGGGGUGGGUCAGCGUAAGGCCCCUACCUCCCACUCACUUGUCCACGCUCUUAUCUCUCUGCUCGCUCGGGAGCGCCAGCCUCCCUCGGUCCGAGCGAGGGCCCUCACUCUACUCUCGCACUGCUGCCAGGCCCAUGAGUGUCGUGCCGUCAUUGCCAAGAAUGGCCUUCUCGCGUACUGGUCGGACCUUUGGGCCGACAGGAGACAACCACAGGAGGAGACAGAGGUCUUGUGGCUGAGGUUCAUCCUGACCUUCACAUCCUCUGUGGAAGGGCAGACGUCUGUACCUAAAACAGGGGAGUUGUUCUCGCAACUGGUCCAGUGUGCGGAGAGUGGGAGACCGUCGUCUAGGCCUCUGGCACUUGCCGUCGUCCGCAACCUGGCCUCCCUUCCGGCCAACAGACCCAGGUUUCUCACCACAAAAUCUGUCCUGACAAUGGUAGGAGAGAAAAUACUGGCAGGAUCCCCUGAGGAGAAAAGAGACGCAGCACUCAUUACUUGGGCUCUGGCUGCUAACCAUCAGAAAGCGAAGGUGGCACUGCGAGGACUGGGACUCGUGGGGAGGCUACAACUUGCAGCAGCGACUAGUGACGAUGAGAUCUUCUCCUUCGUCUCAGAACUGCUGCAGACCAGAUGACAAUUCCACUCUCCCCCUGUUGUUUAUAUUGUGUCUAGGGCUUCUUAUUUAUUAUACAAAAUAUAUAUUGCUAUACGUGUGAAGAGCAUGACUUGUAUUUUUAUAAAGAUGGAUGUAUUAAUAACAAUAAAGUUGUAUUUUAUAAA